UUAGAUUGAUAAUGUGCUCUUGUGGAAUUUUCAACGUUAGGUCGAUGUUAUUUUCGUUAAAAUUGGAAUUUAACUAAGACGUCCGAAGCUCUGGUAAAUCUUAGAUGCAUAUUUUCCAUCUUUGAUAUAUUUAAAAACAACACGCUCUGCGGUCACGUAUACGCCUUCAUGAGCAUUUUCAAAUUGUUGCCGUCGGAACAAAAUCUAGGACAUGUUGGUGAUCUAAGAAGUGUCUAUUGUGUGUCUGAGGAUGAGUAUUUCGUGUGACUUUCAAAAAGAUAUGGACAGCAGUAGAUGCAGACUUUCUACAAUGAACGCAAUGAUGUUAUAUUUAUUCAUCUUGAGUCUGAUUCACCAUGGAGUUCACACACAACGAGUGUUCAAAAACGUUGACAACAAAUGUGUUAGUAUAUGUGUGUCUCAGAAUGAUUUGGAGUUUAACGGAGAGUGCCCACAAACCUUCUGUGACCGUCAAUGCGCAGACCAGCGCCUCGCCUCCCGAGUUGGUUACCCUGAUGGAACCGAAUACCACUGUGCACUCAACUAUCAUAACCGCACCGAGUACAGGCAAACUUGGGCUGUGGUACAAAAUUGCUCAAAAGGAGAGCAGCCGUACAUCAGUUUUUUCAAAAACACCAUGGAAUUACCAUCAAACAAUGGGAUCAUAGUGUGUGACAAGUGUAACGACAGUUGGUACUACAACAGCGAAGAAAGUACUCCUUCAAACACAUACCAUACCUGUACAUUAGAGAAAAAGAAUCAAUGCACUCCUGAGAACCAUAAACUCAGUUGUGGAAUUCCAUGGGAGGAUAGAACAAAGUCUGAUGGAUUUUGUAGAUGUGAUUAUGAACAUGGUUAUGCCCCUAUUGGUGGAGAUGUACCAUCGUGCUUUUACUCAAAGGAAGAGUGUGAUAUAAAGGAAUGUCCCUCAGGAAACGAGUUGGUAUCAAAUUACAGUUGUGUUUCGGUCUGUCCACAAGGGUAUUACCGUGACAACACCUCAAGACAAUGCUUGCCAGUUAACAGCGGGACAACCCAUCGUCUACAAGAAGUUACAACUACAGAAACAACGUCUGCACCCUCACUAUUUGCCAUAGUUAUUGGAAUCGUUUCCAGCACAGUAUUCAUUGUCCUUAUAUUUGUUGGCGGCACUGCCCUAUGGAUUCGAAUGAGGACCAAAACAGACGCAGACAGCUCUACGACGAAUACAACUCACAGUGGACGUACAAAUGACGCGCUAGAGGACUUUGAUCUGGUUACAUUUGAAACGAUUCAUCACAAAGAGAAAACCGAUCCGGCCAAAACAAAUAUUGACGCAGACAGCUCUACGACGAAUAUUAUGAACAGUGGACAUACAAAUGCCGGUCUAGAAGACAUUGAAUUGCUUACAUUUGACACGAAACAUCGCAAAGGCAAAAACGAUCCGGCCAAAACGAAGCUUGAGCCAGUGUUGCUGCAUUUCUAUACAUCAGAAUCCAAGCAUUGGAACAGAUUCGUGGAAGAUUGUAUAGACAUAAAGGAAAUCUGGAUUCAGUGUUACGAACUUUUGGAAAUGUGUAAAAUUAAAAUUGAUAUCAAGAUGCAAACUGAUGAGUUACAGUUGUUUGAUGCAGUUGCAGAGGAUACAGGAAAAAUUAAUUUUGCUUUCUAUGAUUUUAAAAUGAAAGAUAUAUUUGAAAGCAGACGAUUGAACCGCACUCUUCGACCAGCUGUUACCAGCACACAUCAAGAGAUUUCGAACUCUGUGGAACCGUUUAUUAUUGUUUGUUAUCAACAAGACAUACCAGCUGUAAGCAAUGUAUUAAAACAAAAAAGGUCUACAAAGUACUGCGUUUUAGUCAUUGACGAAGGUAAAGACGUAGACGGCGUCGAUAGAGAUAUAGGAGUUCUUUCUGAAACAUUUAAUUCGACAUGCGUUAUAGAACGUUGUGAUACAUCGGAGAAUAACAUUGCAGCUGCAAUUGAAAAGUUAUUAACCAGAUGGGUCUACACAAUUCUUACCACGAAAAUUAAAGAUUUAAUCAACCUUUCAUCGGACGGGAAAGACGAUCAGAAACAACUGGACGAAACAAUGUUUCUUCUACAAAUCAAGGAAAGGACAGAAGUACGUGACCGAUCCCAAAACGACACAAAGCCUUUUCUCGACAACGAAAGUGUGCGGCAGUUCCUAAGUGAACUAAUUGAAGAAAGUAGAGCUUUGUACGACAGAGCUGAUUUACCUGAAGGCGACACACCACCAUUCCCACCAGCCCCGAAGAAAAUCAGCCAUCAGGCUCGCGAAGAUUUGAACAAAAUCCAAGGGCUACUUGCCUACGGGGAAAGAUUUGGAACUUUGAAUAUUUUUCUUAGCAAUGAUUUGGAAACCGUAACAAAAGUUGAGGAAGCUGUUCACCAUGUCUUGCAGAAAUGGGAUAUCAACAAAGUUGUUUUUCGAUAUGGGUCUACUUUUAUCAAACCAUAUAUGAAACCAGGAGAUAAAGUUUUUGAAGUGGGAUGUGGGUCACUGGCAUGCUUUGCGAGGGAGACAGGCGGACGUGUGUAUGCACUUUUAUCAAAACACGUUGCAGAAGGAAACAAGGAUACGCUUUUCAUGGAUGGCGAAGAUGUGGGAAAACUACUUCCUACUGAUAAACACACUAUAGAUAUAGCAGCGGCACUAAUUCACGAGUCCUUUGAGAAGAAAUGCCAUUUCAUGUUUCAGACGGAGCAAGGACAGGAGAAAGCGUCAACGCUGUAUGACUGUAACAAUGACAGCAAUAGUCUAUCUGGAAAGCGCGUUCAUUUACACGGUGCCAUGACCUCGCCUGGUUUUGGAAAGGUUUCAAUUGAAAAUUUGUAUGUUUUAAAUGAGAAUUAUGUUGGGGUAUUGUUUGAGGAUAGGAAGUCAGGUAAGGGUUCGAACCAACCAUUUUGUGUCGGUGGCGAUAGUGGGUCUAUGGUGUUGGCUUACUGUAGCAAAGACGAUGAACUCAAAGUGAUAGGAAUGAUUAUUGGCGAACAGUUAAAAAAUCAUAUUAAAAUAUGUGUUCGUCCAAUUUACCCAGAUGAAAAAGCCGAAGCUUGUUUAGUUACAAAUAAAUCCUAUGUCGGAUUCAAAAUCACGGAUGGUCUGAAGGAAUUAGAAGAACAUCAUCGAAUUCGUCUUUCUUUAUGUUGCGACCAUGUGCUUGGUGUGGACAGCGGCAUUUCAACUCCUUUUAAUUCAGAUUCUUCAUCAACAGACAAUUCCCCGGUUCUAUUGCAUAAACCGUCCAGCUGUAUGUAAUGGCUUGGACAGAUGUAAAGAAGUUAUGACUUGCAGUAGAAGAAAAGUAGUGUUACUUCAACAUUUAUUUUUAGUAUUACCCUGUUUAGUAUCAUCAGUAGAUGAUGGUAAUAUUUAUGAUUUUCAAUCAACGUUUAUUUUAUAUUUUCAAUUUAGAAUUCAUCUGUGUAUGUUUUAGAAUACAUUUUAAGGCAGUAUUUUGUAUUAACUCGUCAUUCUGAAAAUAAAUUAGGCUUAAAAUAAAGCAUAUUACUCCUCAGGUUGAUUUCAAAGAUUAGACAUAUUUAUGUAACUCUUCAACGAUGAUCAGUUAUGGUUUUGUGCGUAUAGCAUUACAGUGAUAAUAGGAAACACAUUUCUAGCUGUUAGCUGUGUGAUCUUAAUAAGACUUUCACGAGAAAUGUCAACCUUUUACCCUAAAAUAUGAUUGGGAGUUAAAUAUAAUGCUUUUUAUGUAAUAUAUGCAAAGAAAUAGUUAAUUAAUUCGGUUCCAGGUUUGUUUUAUUUUUUAAAGCAGAUGAAUGUUAACAUGGCAGUUAUUUUAAAAAUAGGAACAAUAACAAUAACAACAUCAUACUUGUUAUUUAAAAAUGGAUCAACAGAAGUUAGCAGAGAUCACUUUUUCUAAGGAUUAUUGGCCAGGGUAGUGAUUUUAUUGGGAUUAAAAUACUUCCUAACACUUCAAGACCACCCCAUCUACCCUGGUAAAACCUGUUAAUCCUAAUAAAUGACUUGCAAAUUGUAACCCGAGUCAAGGCCGUAUUUUCGGCUGUGUUUGCUUUUUACUGGAAAGCACUGCUAACUAUCUGUAUUAGAGGGUAAAUGUCCACCCACUCCUUUAUGGUGAUUAAAUAUCACAUAUUACAUGCUACCCAAUCUGGUUUUCGUCAGAAGCAAUCAUGUCAAACAACUCUUAUACGAUUAGUUGGUUCUUGGUUGAAAAAUGUUGAAUCAGGUAAAGUUGUUGGAACUAUUUUUCUAGAUCUUCGUAAAGCUUUCGAUAUGGCGGAUCACGAUAUUCUUCUACACAAUUAAGACUAUAUAAUAUCUCUGGUUCCAGCCUUAAGCUUAUAACUUCAUGCGUCGACAAUGCGUAAACGUAGGAGAUAAUCUACAUUUCAGUUUGUUAAAAGCGGUGUUCCACAAGGCUCCAUUAUAUGUCCUCUUCUCUUUGUGAUCUACAUCUAUGAUAUACCUUUCACUCAAUAAUUCGUGUAUUGACCUCUUUGUGUAUGAUUACACUUUUCACACAUCGUGUUGUAGAGUGACAGAUAUUCAAAACAUCAUUUCAAAACAAAUUGGAUUCAAUAGCUUCUUGGUGCUUUAACAAUAACAUGUUAAUUCAUUCAGGAAAAUCAAAAUGCAGGUUGAUUUACAAAAGUUACAAAUCAAAACUCAUCUCCUUGACAUUGCUAUUAUAUAAAACGACUACUGAACAAGUUACGAGCCAGAACACAAAGUUCUAUGAGUUGUUAUUGAUAACCAAUUGAAUUGGAAAGAGCAAGUUUUCAAUGUUUGUAGGGAACUGAAUUCUAAAAUAACACUUCUAAAUUACCUAUUGAGCUAUGACAUGCAACAACUAUUUUACAAUGUUGAUAUGGUAUCCACAAUGGUCUGUUGUUGUUAUAUAUGGAGCAGAUGUAUAAAAUCACACACAUGAAAUAUAUUUAUUAUUCAGAAUAAAGCUGCAAAAAAUAAUUUUCGAAAACCUGUCAAAAUGUCAUCCAGUCCAUUGUUCAAGGAAUUAGGCUGGUUAUCGUUUGAUAAUAGAUGUUAAUUUAAUGUUGGACCUAUUAUCCAUAUGUUUUUGCAUGGUCCCAUGCCUGAAUACUUAAUUGAAGUUAUUUUAAUUCACCAAUAACGCAAACUACUCAUUGCGGUCUGCCAUCCAUAAUGAUUUCUUUGCUAUAGACUUACUAUGAUAAGAAGACAUUUACUUAUUUGGCUAAAUAUGUAUAAAAUUCUAUACUGCUUUUUAUUCGAGAAUCAUCAUCCUUAUUUGCAUUCAAAUCACAAUUCAAAAAACACCUUACGACAAAACAAUGAUUUAAGUGAAUGCUUGUCUGUAAAUUGUUUGUUAAAAUGCGAUUUGUUUGUCUUUCGUAAUUUUGAACAUUGUAUAUGUUGUGUUUGAAUGUCGUCUUGUUUGUUAUUGUUUGAAUGAGAAAUGUAUACUAAUAUGUUUGUAGAAUCCA